AUGAGUGUAGAUGAAAUAGCAUUUGGGUUUAUAAAAGUUGCUAAUGAAACUAUGUGUCGACCAAUUCGUAUUUUAACAGAAGCUAAAGGUUAUGAUACAUCAAAUCAUAUUUUAGCAUGUUUCGGUGGUGCUGGAGGACAACACGCAUGUGCAAUAGCUAGAAAUUUGGGCAUUCAAAAGAUCUUAAUUCAUCGAUAUAGUUCAGUUUUAUCAGCUUAUGGGUUAUCAUUAGCUAAUGUUGUUUAUGAAGUGCAAGAACCUUGUGCUGAAAUUUAUUCUGAAGCAUCUUUACCAAAGUUACAAGAAAGGAUUCAAAUUUUAUGUAAUACAUGUACUGCAGAAUUUAAAUCGCAGGGGUUUAAGGAUGAAUCGCAAAUCAAACAUGAAAUUUAUUUAAAUUUACGUUAUCAUGGAACCGAUUUUGCCCUAAUGAUUUUAAAACCAAUAGAUUCUUGGAAUUUUAUAGAUUCUUUUGUUCAACAAUAUCAACAAGAAUUUGGUUUUACAUUUUCUGAUCGAAGCAUUUAUGUAGAUGAUAUCAGAAUUCGUGGAAUAGCAAAAGGAUUUAAAAUUACUCAACAUAGUGUUUUUGACGAAAUCAAACAGAUCAAUCCAAAGUUAGUAGAUCCUUCUCAAAUCAAAGAGAAAACUUUGGUUUAUUUUGAAAAUGGAAGAGUUGAAACUCCGAUAUACCUUUUAGAACAUCUUAAAAUCGGUGAUCAAAUUCCUGGUCCUUCUAUGAUUAUAGAUGUAAAUUCUACAAUUAUUGUAGCUCCCGAAUGUAGUGCAUUAAUUACUUCUUCACAUAUAAUGAUUACUGUUGGAAGUGGUAUUAGAUCAAAGGUUUCAACUAAAUUGGAUCCCAUUCAACUUGCAAUAUUUGGUCAUCGGUUUAUGAGUAUUGCGGAACAAAUGGGAAAUACUUUACAAAAAACUUCUAUUUCUACCAACAUAAAAGAGAGACUGGAUUUUUCUUGCGCCCUUUUUGGAGCUGAUGGCAAUUUAGUUGCAAAUGCACCGCAUAUUCCUGUACAUCUUGGAAGUUUAAGUCAUACAGUAAAAUAUCAAAUAAAUUAUUAUAAUGAUAAAUUGGAAGAAGGAGAUGUUAUUUUAACCAAUCAUCCACAAGCCGGUGGUUCACAUUUACCAGAUAUUACCGUGAUUACACCUGUAUUCAACGAAGGCAAGAUUGUAUUUUUUGUUGCAUCUAGAGGACAUCAUGCGGAUAUCGGUGGAAUUUUACCCGGUUCGAUGCCUCCAAAUUCAAAAGAGUUGUAUCAAGAAGGGGCUGCGAUCAAAUCAUUUAAGCUUGUUUCUAAAGGAAAGUUUGAUUAUGAUGGUUUAGUUGAUAUUCUUGUGAAUCAACCUGCAAAAUAUCCUGGAUGUAGUGGUACUAGAUGUUUACGUGACAAUGUUUCCGAUUUAAAAGCUCAAGUGGCAGCCAAUAAUAAGGGUAUCACACUUGUCAAAGCUCUUAUUAAAGAAUAUGGGUUAGAUGUUGUUUUGGCUUACAUGAUGUACAUCAGAAAAAACGCCGAAUUAUCUGUGAGAGAAUUGUUAAAAGAAGUUAGUCGCCGAAUAGGUUGUACAGUAUUGAAAGCCAUUGAUUAUAUGGAUGAUGGAAGCCCGAUUCAAUUAAAAAUUACAAUAGAUGAGAAGGAGGGAACAGCCGAAUUUGAUUUUGGCGGUACCGGACCAGAGGUUUACGCAAAUUACAACGCUCCACCUUCGGUCACAUAUAGUGCGAUCAUUUAUUGUCUUCGGUCUCUUAUUACAAAUGACAUACCUUUAAACCAAGGAUGCCUUGCCCCAAUUGAUAUCAAGAUUCCAGAGAAUUCGUUUUUAAAUCCUUCCGAUAAAGCUGCCGUCGUUGGUGGCAACGUAUUAACUUCACAACGUCUUGUUGACGUGAUUUUAAAAGCAUUUCAAGCGUGUGCAGCCAGUCAAGGCGAUUGUAAUAACCUUACUUUUGGAAAAGACGGAAAAACUGAGGACGGAACCAAGAUUAUAGAAGGAUGGGGUUAUUAUGAAACGAUUGCGGGAGGUAGUGGGGCUGGACCCACAUGGAAUGGUCAAAGUGGUGUUCAUACGCAUAUGACCAAUACUAGAAUUACAGAUCCGGAAAUACUUGAAAAAAGAUAUGAUCAUUCAAUACUACUUCGAGAAUUUUCACUUCGAAGAGGUUCCGGAGGUGCAGGACUUCAUAAAGGAGGGGAUGGAGUAAUACGAGAUAUAGAGUUUCGAGAACCCCUUCAAGUGUGUAUCCUUUCAGAAAGACGCGUUCACCAUCCUUACGGAUUACAAGGUGGUAAAGAUGGGUCAAAAGGACUUAACUUGUGGAUUCGUCGGAAUGAAAAUGGUAGUGAAGUUCGUACCAUUAAUUUAGGAGGUAAGAAUACCAUUAAAGUAAACGCAGGUGAUCGUAUUGUCAUUUGUACACCUGGCGGUGGAGGAUGGGGCAUCCCAACUUAUGAACAAGUUGAUGAAGUUGACGAAGCUAUUUUGAAAUAUUUGCAAUAG